UGUAAAAGGAGGAGGCCUAAUCUUAGUGACAAUGGCAUACAUUAUCAGAUAGUGGCGGAGACAUGAUUUUUAUCAGUGAUAUUCAUCAUCUACACUCUUAUCACUAAAGGGCAAUUUAGCUCUUUGUGACAUAUUCAAUAGAAAGGAAACUAUUGCUGCCAUGGAAGUCAAAGGAAGCUCUGACAGUACUCUUUCCAAUCAAAGGCUAUUGGGAAGAGUAGCUUUAGUCACGGGAGGUGCAAGUGGUAUAGGAGAGAGCAUAGUACGUUUAUUCCACCAACAUGGCGCCAAAGUAUGCAUUGCUGAUAUCCAAGAUGAACUCGGACAACGUGUUUGUGGAACGCUUGGUGAUGACCAGAACACGUAUUUUAUCCACUGUGAUGUUACUUUAGAAGCUGAUGUUAGUCAGGCAGUUGAUUUUACUGUUGAAAAAUUCGGCACACUUGAUAUAAUGGUUAACAAUGCUGGACUGUCAGAGCCCCCUUUAUCAGAUAUACGCGACUAUGAACUUUCUAUCUUCGAUAAUGUGCUUGAUGUGAACGUGAAAGGCGUUUUCCUAGGAAUGAAACAUGCUGCUCGCAUAAUGAUUCCACGAAAGAAGGGAUCGAUAGUGUCUUUGGGAAGUGCAGCAGGGGCUAUUGCAGGCCUCGGGCCUCAUGCUUAUACAGCUUCCAAGUUUGCUGUUUUAGGACUUACGCAAAAUGUUGCAGCUGAGAUGGGGAAACAUGGUAUACGUGUGAAUUGCGUUUCUCCUUACGCUGUUGCAACUGGAUUGGGCCUGGCUCACUUGCCUCCAGAUCAAAGGAAUGAUGAUGCAAUCGCGGAUUUUCAUUCUUAUUUUGGCAAGUGUGCGAACUUGCAGGGGGUGGAUUUGAUGGCUCAGGAUGUUGCAAAUGCUGUGUUGUUCUUAGCUAGUGAUGAAGCGAGGUAUGUAAGUGGGCAUAAUUUGAUGGUAGAUGGUGGUUUUUCAAGUGUGAAUCACUCUCUUGCGGUGUUCAAAUAGGUAUAUGUUCAUCAGGAUUCUAAGAAAGUCCCUAGAGAUUGUAAUCUUGUAAAAAAAUACAAUUAAACUAUUAUGUCUGUUCAGUUCAAAUAAAAAGUACUCCACUACUAUGUAUUUGUUCUUUUGGAAAAAGGUGCAGUUGGUUUUA